AUGAAUCCUAACUUUGACAGUAUUGGUAAACAGUUUGUAGAGCAGUAUUACCUUGUCUUUGACAAUAAAGACAUCAGGGGCCAGGUGGCAGUCAUGUAUCAUCCUACAGAUUCAUUACUAACAUUUGAGGGACAGCAGUUCCAAGGAGUUGAGGCAAUAGCAGAGAAAAUGAAAACAAUUCCUCUAGACAACAUGUUCAGACAGAUAACCACAGUAGACUGCCAGCCAACUACUGAUGGAGGCGUGCUAAUUAAUGUAAUUGGACAGCUGAAGAACAACUCUGAAAAUGAUAAACCCUUGGGUUUCUCUCAAACCUUCGUCCUCAAGCCAGCAAACAACUCGUUCUUUAUCUUUCACGAUAUCUUUAGAUUGGUUAUACACAAUAUGUAA